CGGCUCUACACACCUUAUCGCUCACAAGCAGGCGCGUAACCACGUCGCGCUAUCCAUGGUAUCUAAACAAAAAACAAGCCUUCCCCGGCGACAACUGCAGCAGACGCGUUUGAGGCAGGUUGCUCUCUAGUUAUGCAGGCGGACAACAGAAGGCCAAAGUCUGUCUGUUCACAGAGAAGACCAAAGGAUGAUAUACCAUCAUCUGAGCAGACUGUUGGCACUUUAUGUGAUAUUCUGCGCCAUACGAGCAGAUUCCAUUCUCCAGGGCGCACGAGAUUUGGAAAGAAAAGUGUCUAUGAUGCUGAAAGAGGAGCCAGAAAACCCCAAGUGCUUUGCUGAAGGCAGGAAAGACUUCACAUGCUUCUGGGAGGAAGAUGAGGAGAGGGCCAGCUCUGUGGAUCAGUACUCCUUCACAUACACCUACCAGAAUGAAAACAGCAGCAGGUGUCCACUCAGAGCCCUCCCUGCAGCAGGUGGAAAGAAGCUGUUCAUCUGCCAUCUGAACCGAACCCAGAUGUUUGUCCAAAUGGACAUAAAGGUUCAUCGAGGGGGAAUACUGAUCCACAAUCGCAGCCUUCUCAUCGAGCUUCUCUUUCUUCUGGACCCUCCAGCUAACGUGACAGUAAGCAGAACGGGUCAGCGAGGCCAGCUCAAUGUCAGCUGGGUGCCUCCCCCUCUCAAGUACAUGGACGACAGCAUGAUGUACGAGGUCAGCUACGCUACGGCGGACAGCCACGUGGGGCAGGUAGAGGUGGCACGAGCAAGCUCGGAGCUGAUCCUGAGAGGCCUGCAGCCGGGUACAAACUACAAGGUGCGAGUCCGUGUAAAACUGGACGGGAUUAGCUACAAUGGCUAUUGGAGUGCCUGGAGUGAUCCAGAGUUCAUGGAAACACUGCCCGCAGAACUCGAUCUACUCAUCGUGUCCCUGACUCUCGUCAUCUCUUUCAUCUUCGUUGGACUGUUUCUCACUAUGCUCCUCCUGUCACAUCGCAGGUUUCUUGUAAAGAAGAUUUGGCCGGCUAUUCCAACUCCUGACAGCAAGUUCCAAGGCCUUUUUACUGUUUAUGGUGGGAAUUUUCAGGAGUGGCUGGGACAGACUAACGGAGGCUUAUGGCUGACUCCAGCUUUCUUUAGCUCUGAAGAAUGCCCCUCUCCUCUGGAAGUCCUGUCAGAGCUCAGCCUUUGUCCCUCACCGCCUUCCCCGCCUCUGCCACCCAAGGCCUCUAGAGUUUUGACCACGAGCAGAAAGGAGGACAAGGAUGUAAAGAAAGUGCUCGACGAGAGAGAGCUAUUGGAAAGGGGUGAUUCAGCUCAGACAGAGGGAUGGAGAGCCACACCGCAUGGCCAUUGGCUGAUGGACCGCUUACGGGCGCUUCAUCAGAACCCUGUUCCCUGCUCCCAGUCCUCUCUGCUGGAGUCUCAAGAUGCCUACGUCACCCUCAAUGCCAACAACCGCAGCGACGAUGAACACCUGGAUGACAUUCUCGAGGAGGCCUUACCCCUUGAGGUGCUUUUUGCCUCCAGAAAGACAGUGCUGUGUGAAUCUCACUCCGACCUGGGAUCUGUGCAGCAGAGCUCUGGGUCUGGUCGACUUUCAUCACAGUCCAGCUUUGAGUACCCAAACCAUGUCUGGAUGCCCAAAGGCCCUGGGUACACCUACAUGGCAGUGGCAGACUCUGGGGUCUCUAUGGAUUACAGCCCCAUGAGCAGAGUAGAUGACAUUGGAAAAGUGGUUAUCUAUGCCAAUGAGUACAAGAACGAGAUCCCUGCUCAUAGAAGACCCUUCCUGUCAAGGCAGCACCCUGUCCAUGGUGACCACUAAGAAGGAGGUCAGCUGAACAGACUGCACAUGGACUGAACCUUGAAGCAGGUUCAAUGAAGGGUGUUUGGAUACUCACCCAAAGCUACAUAGCCUCUCUUUAACCGUUAAGAAAGGCCCACCAAGGAUUCGGGAGCUGACUGAUACCAAAGUGUAAGCUAAAGGACUCAGGAAAAAGAGUCCACUUGAUGUACAUACAUCAUUUCUACUACUUCAUCCCAAUCAUCCCUGAUCUGUACAGGACAAUGCCAUUACAUGGAAAUGACAGCUGUGGUUUACACCAAAUACUGAUAUUCAGUGCAAAGGUCUGCAUGCUGAUCUGUAAGUAUACUAUCCAGUAGAUCAGAUCAGCAUUUUCUUUUAAUUCACCAAAAUUCAAGUUUGUGUGUUUCCAUAGUGCUUUAUUCAUAUUUGAGCUUAGUGUACUUAUUUUUAAGCUUGAAUGACAGAAUGGCUAGUUGGUUAAAGUACAGCGUAGACAUCCUGAAAUGAAAAAUUGUGAACAAUACAGGCCAAAUAGUCCUUUCCUGUUCCUCUGGUAUGUCUUAAAUGGCGGGGCUGUGAAGUGAAGGCAGUGAACUGACUGAUCUACAAAUGUUGCAUGUGCAGACAAAGCCCGAUAUGGCUUGUUCCUCUGUGACAUACUGUCAACUUGCAUUUCUGUCUACAGCCAUGCUAGCAUCUCUGUAUGGCUGCACUGUACGUUGCAUUCAUGUCAUAUCAGAUUUAUUGUUAUUUCAAGAUUCUGACUUGUAAAUAGCGUUCACGUGAACCUCCAGGUUGAAAUUUGCGAUUAGCAAACGUUUUCCGAAAGCUGAUGUAUCUGACUUGGUAUUUGCUCUGACCAGACGCCUCACACCAGCCGGCAUAAGCAGUGCUUUUUGCUAAACUCUAACGUCAACAAGCUGACAUGCUCACAGUGGCAUUGCUAGAUUCACAAUCUUUUCACCACCAGUUUAUACCAUUACAAUUUACAAUGCUAGCAUUUGCUAAUUAGCACUGAAGGUGAGGCCAGUGAGAAUGUCAUUAGUUUCGCAGGUAUCUGGCCACAAACCAAAGUAUUGGAGUAAUUUAAAUUUGAUGAUGGUGGGAGAUGAAAAACAUGGCUGUUUGUGCAACAUUUCAUGGCAAUCCACCAGUUCUUGGAAUACCUGAACCAAAGUGGUAGAGUGACUGACAAUCAGGCUCCAUCCCUGGUGACAAGCAACAGGCAACAUAUCAAUGAGUGGAGCAUGGCACAGUGCGGCAUGUUCCUUCAUUACAAAGAACAUGGGUACAGUGGUUUAUCUGAGUCAAAUUUACAUUUACUCCACAUUUACUUCCCGUUUACUCCAGUCUGACUAAUGUUUGCUAAAAGAUACAAUGCCCAGCUGUUUUAGGAAAACACAAAGUGUUGUUUGUUUUUACUAUUAAAAAACAUAUUUCAGACCCAUUUUUAAAGAGUUACGUCUUAAGUGGGAAUUGUCGGCUUUGAGAUUUAUCGCCAGCCUUCUACUUUAAAAUACCCUCAAAUUUAAAUCACACAGCUUUCACUUGAACCCGACAGCCAUUAUGUCAAUGUCAUUUCGAAAUCUGAAGAUACUCACUGUAUUUUGUAAAUAAUAUUAUGAUGCUUUUUGUAUCUUAUCACAGUUGCUUCAGAGGACAUUAAAAUCAGUCAGUUGUAGCCAUUUCAACACAGAAUCCUGGAACAAAAGAAGUUAAAUAACUACUACUGUAGGCAACGUAGGAAGGUUUUAAGGCAGUAUUCACUCUCAUGUCACUGUACUUGUUUCUAAGUCUCUAACUUUUCAUGUUUCUGUUGUUUUUAGUUUUUUGUGUAAAGAGGAGAGCAUGGUCAGCAUGCAUUAACCUUCAUCAUUUAAGCCUUCAACAUUUAAAUUCACUGCAGUUUUGAAAUCAAACUGAAAGGUUUGUUUCUCAUGCUUGUUUGCAUUUGUGUCUUGUAGCUGAAAUUCUUUUCCUCUAAAAGUUAUAUAACUACAUUUCUAUACAGAUUUAAACAGCAGUUAAUGACUUCCCAAAGAUGAUAAAAGCAAAUUGUUAUUCUUUAAUAAGCAUUGUUUCACAUUUGUGGAUCACAUAUUAUUUGGGCUUUUUUUCCUAUUAUGUAACAUUCAUUCUAUGAUUAAGUCUUACAUUUGUCACACUCACAUGGUGAAUAUCUCUUUAUUAGUAUGAAUUUUUUAAUAAAAAUGUCUUCAUUAGUAGUUUACUUGGAAGUAGAGCGAUAUUUUAUUAACAGUCAGAAUGCUAUUCUGAAAUUACAUUAUUUUUCAAAAUAAUUAUUUUCUGUGUUUUUUUUCUGAUUUGUAAAAUACUUCAACUGUGAUAUCAGCCACUUGAGUCUGACGUCUCACACAUGUCAAUCACUCCAGCCGUUCAGUCAGCUGGUUGGUUCCCAACCUGAGGAACGAGACUCCUCAAAGGGUUGCAAGACUAAACUGAGGGGUCGCAAGAUGAUUCAGGGGAUGAGAAAGAAGACAUUAAUAUGCUAGAACAGUACGUUUUUAUUUUAAUGCAUUUUUCUACAUUUUCUUUUUUCUUUUAGGGACUGUUAGCUUAAUUUCAUGAAGUCUUACACCAAAAAUGCCAGUAACCACUGUUCAAUUAUAUCAUUCCUCAAUGUCUUUGUAAUUUUGUGUAAGAUUGUAUUCUUGCGUUUGACAGAGCUUUAAGUCAUUUUAAAUUUAAACUCAUUAAAUGUUGUACAUCUUCAA